AUGUCUGCACCUGCUGCGGCUCCUUCAGCGCAGGAAGUCCAACGAAAACUCUCUGUCCACUCUGCUGCCAAAAGUCCUAAACCUCAAAGCAUUUCCAUUGCCGCUGUCUCUGGCACAGAAUCAGAUUCGGAUUCCAUUUUGACCCCAGAUGUACAUCCAAUAUUGCCUUCGGGAAUGGUCACUGGCGUUACUGGCUCAGUUCACGGCGCGGCUCUUAUCCAGGCCCCGCUUUCCGCUAUCGCUGAGAGAUCUAACAGUGGUGAGGAUACGGAGGAUGAAGACGACGAGGAAGAGGGAGGCUGGAAAUCCGCUGCCAGUAGGGUGGGCACUCAUGAUUCCGUUGACGAAAGUGUCAUCAAAGCUGGCUAUUUAUGGAAGAAGGGCGAGCGAAGAAAGACAUGGAAAAAGCGGUGGUUCGUUCUACGACCGACACAAUUGGCAUACUACAAGACAAAUGCAGAGUACCAACUACUUCGCCUUUUGGAAUUAUCGGAUGUCCAUUCCUGCACACAAGUCUCCUUAAAGAAACACGAAAACACAUUUGGGCUCGUCUCGCCUGUGCGAACUUUCUAUCUGCAGGCUAAAUCGCCAGGCGAUGUCCAGGAAUGGGUCACCGCCAUUGAUGAAGCUAGGCAAACUCUUCUUGCCACAUCGACUCCAAAUUCGGUCUCUAGUCCUAUUCCUAUACCCAAAACACAAGACCGGUCCAGCAGCAUCUCUCCGCCAAUGAUAACACCUUCUCCUCCAUCAUAUCUCAGCUACGCUCAAAACGCAACGUCUUCAGAUUCGGAAGAUGCCUCUCCUGUAGGCCAAAGAACUUAUUCGGUAUCUUCACAACAACGUUCUAGCAUCGCGUCUUCACCGUCAAAAAUGCCAACUGGCGCAGUAAAGGAUCUAACGAAGAGCGUUCUUUCUGGCUACCUCAUGAAGUGUGGGUCGAAGCGGCGUAAUUGGCGUAAACGUUGGUUCGUCCUUUCCGGCGAAAAACUAGUAUAUUACACAAGCCAUAUGGAUGCAAAACCGCAUCGACAAUUCCAGUUGACGGAGAUUCUGGACGCCCUCGAAUACAACUUGCCUGCUCAUCGACAACCGCUCACGACCUCACCUCCCCUACCAGCCUCGAUGGAGCCAGAUGAUAGUCACAGUGAUCAUACCUUCAAGGUUGUAACGACCAAACGAACACUACUUCUUUGUGCGCCGAACGAGGAGGACGAAAUCAAGUGGCUAGGUGCGAUACGAGCGCUCAUUGCUCGCAGAUCUGGUUCCGGUGUCGUCCCUGGUGAGACUGCGAAGAUACCUACCGUCACAUCAUCGACAGCGGAUAUAAGCCCCAAUAGUUCCGGAUUUACAACUGGUUCAAGCGGUGGUAUUAAAGGCAAGGUUCGAAGGGUGAGCGUCAGUGGCUCCGGGGUAAAUCCUGGCGUCAUAGUUGAAGAGGACAGCCAGAAAUAG